GUGAUUGAAUCAAUGUUUUGAUUCGGUUGCCUAAUACGUAAUUACGUAUUGUUUUUAUGCCUAUAUGAUAAGAUAAAGUAUGUCAGUAGAAUUUACAUAAUAAGCAAUUAAAGUGCCUUUGAUUGAUGCAAUUUAACGAUUUGUUAUUGUGUUUAACGUUUAUUAAGGUGGAACAAUGAACAUAUCAAGACAUCCUUAGAUAGAGAUUAUUUUCAUUUCCAACUCAUUCAAGCAAUAAAAAACCAAGAUGCAAAUAAAACUAAUCCCAGACAGUCCAACAAAAAGCAUCUGCAGUGACGCUACAGAUGUUCCAGCCUCACCAACUCAACGGGAAUACGAUUAUUGGUUCCAGAGGUGUACCCUAAUGGACCGCGGGUGGAGCCCUCCCAAAAUGGCCCAUAACAAAUGGCGUCGUUUUUCCUACAUUCCCGUCUCGAUUAUUUGUGUCCUUUUAUUGCUCAUUGUCCUUAUGCCCGUGCUGGAUCAAGCUACCGAACGGGCCCUGCAGAGACUUAACUACCAAAGGAAAUGCGACAGCCCUGGAUAUUUAGUCGAAACUAUUCCAGAAGGAUUGGUUUUUAACGAUACCAAUGUUAAAAAUUUCGAUACAUUUUGGACCUGGAUGGAUCUGAUAAACAAUGCGGAGAAAUCUAUUGAAAUCGCUUCUCUUUAUUGGACGUUACGAGGUUCCGAUGUUAACUCUACCGACCCAUCUGAUUUUAAGGGAGAAAAGCUGUUAAAAGCCCUGCAGCAAAAGGGAAAGAAGGGAGUGAAGAUAAGGAUCGCUCAGAAUGAAGAGAAUUCCGAUACGAAAUGGUUGAUGCAUGAAGCAGCUGCUGAAGUUCGAACGGUUAACUUUACUAGGCUUCUUGGUGGUGGGGUGCUUCAUACAAAAAUGAUUAUCGUGGAUAAAUUGUAUGUCUAUAUUGGCAGCGCUAAUAUGGAUUGGAGAUCUCUCGCACAAGUUAAAGAAAUGGGAAUAGUCGUUUACGGAUGCUCCUGUCUCGCAACCGAUGCCUUAAAAAUAUUUGAGGCAUAUUGGACUCUCGGCUUAAAUGAUUCAGCCAUUCCAGUUCCUUGGCCGGAUAACUAUUCUACCAGUUUUAAUGCGGAAACCCCGAUAGAAUUAUCGAUGAGUAGGUUCUAUAAUAGCAAAGUUUUUAAGACAUUUUUGUCCAGUUCUCCUCCACCUUUUAACGGUAAAGGUAGAACCAACGAUAUUGACGCCUUAGUAGGUGUAAUCCAGCAGGCUGAAAAAUUUGUUCAUAUUGCCGUCAUGGAUUAUAUUCCUUUAAUGAUUUAUACACCAAAGAGGAUCUAUUGGCCUGUUAUUGAUGAUGCAUUGAAAUCGGCGGCCAUUGAUCGAAAAGUCUCUGUCAAACUACUUAUUAGCAAAUGGAAUCAUUCCAGGACGCAAGAAGACGAGUUUCUAAGAAGCUUGGCGAUACUUGAUAAUGUUUACAAAGGAGUAUCGAUUGAAGUUAGAAGAUUUAUCGUCCCGAGUAAUUCCAGUGAGGAUUUAAUUCCCUUUGCUCGUGUUAACCAUAAUAAAUAUAUGGUAACGGACAAGACGGCUUUUAUUGGCACUUCUAAUUGGGCUGGAGACUACUUUACUGAUACUGCUGGAGUCUCAUUUGUGAUGCACGAUCCGGAGGAGGAUGGUGAGGAAAUUGAUUAUCCAACAAUUAGAGCUCAACUGGAAAGCGUUUUUCAAAGAGACUGGAAUUCUCAAUACGCUCAUCCCUUUAUAUUUUAAGAUUGAUUUAGUUUUUUUUAAGAGAAUUCUCAAAAGAUGUAAUUUUUUUUCUGUUAUGGAUAUAUGACGACUUUGCUUCAAAUUAAUAUUAAAAACAGGAAACAGUAUUUGGUGGAGACUGGAGAAAAACUCUUCAUAUUUUGAAUUAUAUUCUUCAUAUUCCAAUUUAGAGAGAUAUUUUAUAUCUAAUGCACUAUCUAAAAUGCACUUAUUGUAAAAGGUUUUCACCGAUAUUAUUGUGAUUUAGGCACCAAUAGUUAGGUAUUUAUGAUAUUUGAAGUGCACCUGUUAUUACGUGUCUUAAGUAUAGUCAAAACGCACAAAACAAUCAAUUUAUCUUGAGAUUCUAAUAAGGUGGUGGUCAAUAUUAAAGGUAAUUUUAAGAGUUAAUGAGUGCCUUCUAUAUUGUUAACAAUUAUUCCAAAUGGACUGGAUAGAAAUGAAAAAAUCGAUAAAAAGUAUAUAUUUUAAGAAAGUGAUUAUACAAAGAAAAUUGAACAGAGGUGGUAUAUUAUGAUAUAGAUAAAUAAAAAAUGAUCUCAAUUAUA